AUGACCAAAUGCAACUGCGCGUGUAUUGGAUUGAUCACUGAAAUUCUUGGGAGAGUCCUUGGCUUCAUCGGGAUUGGGUUGGUUGUGAACGUCUGUUCUGUGAUUGUUCUCGAAACUCGAAUCAGACAUUCUCUCCAUCUCUCUGAGCGAGACGAGCCAUCUUCUCAGCAAUUGCACUCUCUCGCCGCCCCUAGAAGAAGCCGAAACCUCUUCACCGCGAGACUGAAGCUCUUCACCGGAACAUCGGCGAUUUUAGAAAUCGGAAAUUAA